CGUCACUGCCGCCCAGCCCCUGCUGGCGUCUCCCUCUGUCCAGCAGGGAACGAUGGUGAGGCGCCUGGUCCUCCGUCUGCCUGCCCUCCCUGUCUGCCUCGCCGUGGUCCAGCUGCUCACCCCCUGCUCAGUUUGCUGUGGUUGGGACCCCCGAGCCCAUCCUGGCCAUGGAGGGUGAAGACGCUGAGCUGCCCUGUCACCUGUCCCCGGAGAUGAGUGCUGAGACCAUGCAGUUGAUAUGGAUGCGACCCAGCCCCAGGCAGGUAGUGCACACGUACGCACACGGGCAGGAGGACACGCCGGCAGCAGAGUAUCGAGGGAGAACUUCGAUUUUAAGAGAGGACAUCACUGUGGGGAAGGCUGCUCUCCGGAUUCGAGACGUCAGAGCCUCUGACAGAGGAAUCUACCUGUGUUAUUUCCAAGAUGGAGACAUCUAUGCAAAAGCUCAGGUGGAGCUGAAGGUUUCAGCACUGGGCUCUGAUCCCCACAUUGAAAUGAAGGGCUACGAGGCUGGAGGGAUCCGUGUGGAGUGCACGUCUGCCGGCUGGUACCCGCAGCCCCAGAUCCAGUGGAGAGACGCCAGGGGACACAGCUUGUCUGCUGAGGUGGCCACAGAGGCUGCAGACCCCCAGGGCCUUUAUGCAGCCUCAGCCUCUGUGAUCCUGGAAGGUGGCUCUGGGGAGGGGGUCUCCUGUGUCAUCAGAAACCCCCUGCUGGGCCAGCAGAGGUCAGCCAGGCUUUCCAUCCCAGGCCCCUUCUUCCGGAGCGCGCAGCCCUGGGUGGCGGCCUUCGCGGUGACCCUGCUGGUUCUGCUGGUGACCCUGGCGGGGGCAGGGAGUUUCCUUUGGAGACAGCAGAGGAAGACCGAGGUUCUGCGGCAGGAGAAGACGAGGGAGCAAAGAAACAACGAAAGGCUGCAGGACGAACUCAGGUGGAGAAGGUUCGAGUACACACCACGUGAGGAGUGGCCUCAGGCCUAUGCAGAGUGGAAGACGGCCCUCUCCCAGCCUGCGGAUGUGUUUCUGGACCCAGACACGGCGCACUCCGCCCUCCUGGUUUCUGAGGACAAGAGGAGCCUGCAGUGGGCAGAGGAAUGGCAGGACCUGACAGAAAACCCCGAGAGAUUUCAGGGGAAUCACUGUGUGCUGGGCUGUGAGAGCUUCACGUCAGGGAGACACUUCUGGGAGGUGGAGGUGGGGAACAGGGCACAGUGGUGUGUUGGGGUGUGCAGGGAAAACAUGGAGAGAAAACACUGGGUUAAAAUUAACCCAGAGAGUGGGUUCUGGGUCAUGGGGCAGCAUCCUUGGGGUGACUACCUGGCUCUCACCAACCCACAGACCACACUGACCUGUGUGAGCCCCCCCGAGAGGGUGGGGGUUUUCCUGGACUGUGAGCUGGGGCAGGUCUCGUUCUACAAUGCCCUCGGCGGGUCUCACAUCUUCACCUUCCCACACACCCGCUUCUCGGGGCCUCUGAGGCCUGUUUUCAGGAUUUGGACGACUGAGCCCACUCCCUUGACCAUUUGCCCAGCACAGAAACCAGUGAGAAGAACCCUUCUGCCCGACCCAGGGCCUGACCCUUCCCUGGAGACCCCAGUGUCCACGGGCCCAGCUGAUGGGAAUGGGGACCCUCAGGCUGAAGAAACAUCUCUGCUUCUCGCUGCCCCGCCUGGAGCUGAGGGCCUCCUGAACAGUAAAACGUCUCAGCGGGAAGGGACUGAGGACGUACAGAAGGGACCAGUGGCCACUUUCUCAACCAGACUGUGACCUGUGGGCACAGAGCAGACCCACCCUCCCACCUCCCACCUGAAGGUCCUCUGUGAGCAGGACGGUGGGGGGGGAGGGGGGCAGACGGACGUCAGUGGAAGUUCCAUCACACGGUGGGACCCACGUCCAGGACACGGCGCCCACCGCUGACCACCCACUGAGGUUCCCGAGGUUCCUGUCACCUGUGGGUCCUGGGGAAAGGCCGUUCUUCCUCCUCCUCAACAUCACUGUGACUGUUCACUGUGUGUUUCCUCGCCCUGAAUGUGGGUGUCAUGUCACAUGUGUUAAAUAAAUGUGUCAAUAAUUGUCACUCUUCAA